AUGAACGAAGAUAUUGCGGUAAUGAAAGCACGACUGCGAGAUGCAAUUGCAGAUGCACAUAAAGUUGUCCGUGCUUUGGGUGGUGAAGCCAAUGGUCAAGAUUUAUUGCUCAGAAAUAAAAUUGAGACUGGACGAACUCUUUCGGCUGAUGUAACCCAGUUGGGUGAUGAAAGAUUAGCUAAAUUGGAGCAAGCGUUAGCAUUAUGUCUUGAAAUUGAUCAAUCAUUUGGUGAAUUGCAUUCCUGGUUAGAAAGUAUGGAAAGUGAGAUUGAAAAUUGUCCGCCCGUUACAACAGGACAUCAACGAGAUCAGUUAAUGCAACAACAAGUUCACAAUACUAAGCUACAACAUUCGAUCAUAUCACAUAAACCAUUAAUGGAUCGUUUUCACAAAAAUGUCAGUGCUUUAAGUGAAUUAUGUGGUGCAGACGAUGAAAUACAACUUCAAAAAAUAGCUGAAGGCUUGGAUGAGCGAUUCUUUGCUGCUCGAGAUGCUGUUCGUCAGCGAGCCGAGGCACUUGAAACUGCAAUUGAGCAAAGCAGUAAGUUCACAGACAGGUUGGAUGUUGUCCUGGCAAAUCUGGAUGGUGCUGCUAUGCAGAUUCGAAAUCCAGAACCAAUACUGGCUGAUCCAGAACGUAUCAAAUUGCAAAUUAUGGAUAAUCGCUCCUUAAUGGAACAGCUUAAACAUAAAGAUGGUAUAUUGAGAUCGGUGAAGGAGAAUGCCGAAGAGAUUUUGGUACAUGCAAAUUCAAAUGAUAGUGGAGCUGCAGAAAUCAGUAUUAAAAUAAAAGAACUUGAUGCAUUAUGGGAUGAACUAAUGAAAGGUGUUACGACAAGAGGAAAUAUCUUGGAAGACACGCUAGUUAAAGCAGAACGAUUUUGCUAUGAAUUGAAGUCUUAUCAGAAAGCAAUUAACGAAUUGCGUUUGCGCAUCGAAGGAAUACAACUUGCGUUUGGAGAGCCGACUGUUAUUGAGCAGCAGCGAAAUAUCCUUCUAGCAAUUAAAAAUGAAAUGCGAGAAAUCAAACCAGAAAUUAUGGAUAAAUUACGUAGCACUGGGCGCGACCUUUGUGAAGUAGUUGCUGAAGAAGAAAAAGCUCAUGUAGAACAGCAAAUGAAUGAAGUUGAAGGAGAUUGGAUUAGGGUAACUGGUAUGUACGAUCGGAAGGAAUCAGAUUUGAUUGAUGCUAUGGAAAAAGCAAGGCAAUUCCAUGAUUUAUUAACAGAACUAAUAAAUUGGGUAGGAGAAAGAGAAAGUGAAGUAUUCAAAUUAGAUCCUAGUACCGUCGCAUCAUCCAAUGAUAUUAGAAAUGAGCUUGCCGCUCUGGGUGAUUUACGCUCAUUAUUGGAUGAGAAAGCUUUGGAGAAGGAACAGUUGAAUCAGCUAUGUGCAAGCCUUUGCGUUGGUAGUACUGCACAACAAUCUGCAAACAUUAGAGCACCGAUCAAUGACCUGAAUAUUCGCUGGAAUAGACUAUAUGCAUUGUUAAACGAACGUCAACAAAAAAUGGAAAAAGCAUUGUUGGAAAUGGGACAAUUUUCGCAAGCAUAUGAACAGUUAAUGAUUUGGAUCGAAAAAACGCAACAUGUUUUGAAUGAAAUCAAUUCUCGACCAAACAGUAUUAGAGAAGCAGAAGUGGAAGUUUGCAAACAUAGAGUAAUACAGAAUGAAAUUCUGGUACAUGAAGCAAGCGUGGAUACUUUGAACAGUGCUGCUAAGCGUAUAAUUGCUGCUGAUCCAAGUGCUGCAAGCUCAACACAACCAAUGAUCGAUAAGUUAAAUUCAAACUGGCACAUCUUUCGGAAUUUAGCACUGCAAAAACAACACUUAGAAUUACAGUUGGAUGAUGCCCGGAAAGCUGCGGAAAAUCUGGACAGUGAAGUGGAUCGUUGGGCAAUGUGGCUUCAGGAUAAAGAUGCGGAUUUAUCUCAUAUGAAACCAACAGGUGGUUUACCGGAAACUGCACAAGCACAACUUGAUGAUUUCUUCGUUUUAAAGGCUGAAAUUGAACAGAAUCGACCUGCACUAGAAGCGCAUCUGGAAACAGCAACAAAGUAUCUAUCGGAUAGUGAUCGAGAUUCGUGGAUUGCGCAACGGGGUGCGCAGUUGACGAAAAAGUGGAUUCAGAUACAAGACAAGAUUGGUGAUAGAGAGCAGAAGUUGAGAAUGGCAUUGGUAGAGGCCGAACAGCUUCAUUCUUCCAUGACAUCAAUGAAUGAUUGGUUAAAUUCAGCAGAAAGCUAUUUAGGUUGUUUGGAACAUGUGUCAAGAAUACCUGAUAUUGUAGAAAAGCAGAUGAAUGAACAUACCAAAUUCCAAGCUGAGGUAUCACACUAUCGAGAAUUAAUGAGUGACUUGAACAGCAAAGGCACUAAAUUACAGUAUUAUUGUGAAAAAAAGGAUGCGAUACCAAUUAAGAAUUUGCUUGUUUCGGCUAAACAUCGUUUUGAUAAAAUUUCUUCGAGAUGUGCUGACCGAAUGAAGCAACUGGAUCUCGCAUUACAAGAAGCACGAGUUUACUUUGAAUCGUAUACCGAGAUAAUCGAUUGGAUAACUUCAAGGCUUAAAUGGAUUGAUGAUCAAUAUGCUCAGACAGCAUCCGGUGAUCGAUUACGAAUCGAUUUAGAAAAACAUCGGAAAUUCCAGCAUGAACUGACCGAACGACAAGGAGUUUAUGAAGGAACAUAUAAACGAGGCAAGGCACUCUCGGAGCAUGCACCACGGGAAGAGCAAGCAGGAAUCGAUCAGAUGAAUGAACUGUUGAAGGAGAGAUGGACCCAGCUAAUUAAUGCGACGUUGCAAAAACAGAGAGCAAUCGAGGAUGCAUUGUUGGCAUGUGGACAGUUUGAUGAGGCUUUAUCAUCACUCCGAGAAUGGCUCGCAAAAUCUUUGCCUGGUUUGCAGAAUAUGGAAGCUAUUCCUGUAUAUGGUGAUUUGGAAACUGUUAGCAAAUUACGCGAUAAGCAUAAAGAAUUAAAGGAACAAAUAGAUACUCAUCGAGAUACAUUAAACUCGGUGAAGGAACGUGCGCAACAGAUGUUGGAGAAAGAAACGGAUGAUUUGUUGGAUGGCCUGAAAGAGAAGGUAGAAAAGGUAAAUGAGGAUUGGGUUCUUCUAGAGGAAUUGGCAAAGAAAAGAGAGGAGCAGCUGGAAAUUUCUUACGACAUUGCCAAGAAUUUCAGUGAUGAAAUUCAUGAAUUUCUAGAUUUUUUGCCAAAGAUUGAAGCAAGAUUAAGAACUAAGAGUCAAACAGCUGAAGGUGAAAGUGAAAUUUUGGAACAAAUGGACGAAGUGGCACAGCUGAAUAAAGAAAUGGAUGAUAAAAAGCCAUUAAUGGAGUCCAUCAAGAAAACUGGGGAGGAUAUACAAUCCAAGUGUCAUCCCUCUGCAGAACAACCAAUGAAGUAUUGGUUGAAAGUGUUACAAAAUCGAUGGUAUGAAGUAACGAGUGCUGUCGACAAAAAGAGGGAUGAUUUGGAGAUGCAACUCAAUGAACUUCAUGCGAGAGAGAAAAUGACCACUGAUUUGUUGAAAUAUAUUGAAGAAAGAAGUGCUGAACUAAAGAUAUUAAAUGAGACAUCGUUGCCGCAGGAAAUGGAUGCUCUUGACAGACUUAUUGUGGAUCAUGAACAAUUCGAGAAAACUUUACGGGAAAAACAAGGACUAGUUGAUGAGGCAACAAGAAAUCGACGAAAGCUUGAUGUAGAGGAGAAAGUGAAAAAGAAAGGUGGCAAAGCACUUCAAAGGCAUGAACAUCGUGUACGACAUCCGAAAUCCGAGCAGCUCUCUAGCCGAUGGAAAAAAUUAUGGAUAGAUUCAAUGGAUUAUGGCCGCCAGUUACGUGAAAUGAAAGAUUAUUUGGAGGAGGUAAAAAGAUUGGAAUCGUUUUCGUUCGAGGAAUGGCGUGAACGGUAUUUGGAAUGGACUGAUUCUGGAAAAGCUCGAAUUUCUGAUCUGUUUAGAAGAAUAGAUAAAAGUGGAACUGGACGAGUGCCACGAGCUGCUUUUAUUGAUGGUAUCAUAGCUUCCAAAUUCCCUACCACUCGAUUAGAAAUGGAGAAAGUUGCGGAUGAGUUUGACAAAGGUGAUGGAAUGAUUGAUUCAAAAGAAUUUAUGGCGAAACUUCGUUCCGAGUUUUCAAAAAAAUUACCGAUGAAGCAAAAAACGGAUAGUGAAAAGAUCACAGAAGAGGUCGUAAGGCAGACGGAGAGAUGUAACUGCAUUAAUCGAUAUAAGAUUCAGAAAGUAGGCGAUGGACAUUAUCGUUUCGGCGAAACGCAAAUUAAACGUAUGGUCCGUAUUCUUCGAUCGACAGUUAUGGUCCGCGUUGGUGGUGGAUGGGUUGCUUUGGAGGAAUUUCUACAUAAACAUGAUCCUUGUCGUGCUAAAGGACGAACGAAUCUCGACCUGCAGCGCAAUUUCUAUGACGAUGUUCGACCCAAAGAUGCAUACGAUAUGAUGGAAACAUUCACUAAAUCGGCCAGAUCAACACCAAAUCGUGAUUCACCGAUUCGUGGUUUUCAGGAAUCAUUGUUGCAAUCUCGUUUUCAGGCAACUCCCGGUCCAAUUACAAAAAUCAGGGAAAAGACAGAACGUAGUAUGCCAAUGUACGUCAGUGGACGUUCACCAACCAUCUAUCGUAAUUCACCACUUGAUAUAUCGAAAUCAAGUAGAAAACCAAAUGAAUUGAAUGGACAAGAUUCAAAAAUCAGACGGCCAGGCGCUUCAGGAACUGUUUCACGCUCAGGAUCUCAUAGUGAUAUGUUAGAUUUGUCACGACCGGUAAGCCGAAGCUCAGAUGUUUCAGUAGAUGGAGAUCGACCAACACGAAUACCUUCGUUGCGUGGUCGAAAAGGUGUCAAUUAUCGAUCAUCACUUGCACGAGCAAGUGCUCAACCACGUAUAUAA